AUGCUGCGUGUGGAUUUGGAAGACUUUGAAGGGAAUACAGCUUAUGCCGAGUAUAAAAUUUUUGGUGUUAUGAGCGAGAAAGACAAGUAUAAGCUGAUCCUUGGUUCUUAUUCAGGUAGAACCGUCAUUUCGUCGCUUUUAUUCUAUUCUAGGAGGGGGGAGGGGGGGGGAGGGAGAGGAGGAGAGUGCUGAGUAAUGUAAAUAUGCUUAACGUUUUUUACAUCAAUAGCUUUGGAAAACGAAAAAAGGGCAUAACCUCAGCUCAUCGAUAUGCAAUCUUGGACAGCGCAUACCGGACGUUGAUUGGUGCAAAUGUAUUCACCGGUGGAAUGCGCAGUUAACCUGACGAAGCACUACAACUCUGAUGCUUGCCUCAGCAAACAUAUUUAUUGGCAUAAUCAUAUUUAAUGAUUCAAUCCCUAGAAUCUUCGGCAUGAAUCAUAGAUAUUACUAAAAAUACUUUUACUCCAUAUCAUUAUUGUUUGAUUAUACUUAUCCGAUAUUUCAAGAUUUCUCUUGAAUUACGAACUGCUCAUUGUUAGUCAAACGUAAUACUCAUAGUGCGGCUGGUUUUGUCAGGAAAUUCUGGUGACUCUCUUGCUUUCCAUCGCGGUAUGCCGUUUACCACUAAAGAUCAAGAUAGUAACAAUAAUGGAGGUGAAAACUGCGCCAUUAAGUUCAAAGGAGCCUGGUGGUACAAGGAUUGUCACCACUCAAUGGUUUAUAUCUUCGUGGCAGUCACUCCUCAGAGGCUGAUGGAGUGAACUGGAUUCACUGGAAAGGAUAUCAUUACUCUUUAAUGAGAACCGAGAUGAAAAUAAGACCAGGGGAUUUCUGAACUGUCAUGUUUAUGGCACAGUAAUGAUACAGUACCAACUUUAAAAAAAACAGCAGUGUCUCGAUUGAGUCUAUUCAGCAUUAAGUAGUCAUUCUAAAGUUAGAGCUUAGCGAAAUGUUGUUCAGGUUUUUCUUGCUUGAUCUUCUUUGCGUGUUUUUAAAAUAGGAAUAGUUGAUUCUAUAGAAUCGGCUAGUUAACCAAUGAUGAUAACAAUCAUAAUAGUAAUAAUGACUCAAUCUAUAUCGCGGUACGUGCAAAAAGCUGCUUAUCAUAGUUGUAAAUUGACAGUUAAUCAUAAGUAGGUCUGAAAAAAUGCGUCUUUAAUCUUUUCUCAAAAAACAGAAACUAAUGGACUCAAUUUAAGGUUUAUAGAUGAAACACUCUAUAGCCCGAGGGCAGCGGCUGAAAAUACCAUGUCUCCAUAAAAUUUUAGGUUGGUCUGAGGUAUUCACAAGAGUUAUCCUCGAAUCUCAAUGGCUUGUAUCAACAUGGCCAUCGCGCCUCCUUACCUCCCAUCUCGGCUAUACAAGUUUUGAUUCUUUAAAUUUUUGACUAGUAUUUUCACUUGACGGAACACGAAGCGAUCACACAACCUUCAUUUUUUCUAGGUAUAGAGAAGAAUAAACCCAGUCGCUAAUUCAGUUCUUGUUCCCUUUGAUUUCUAUAACGAAACCCCAAGCAAUUACCCAAUGUUUUGACUCUGAAGAACGCUAUCAGAAAAACAAAUAUUUCAAGUUCUAGUGUGCACUGGAAUGCAGUAACGUAAUGUUGAUGAUUAUAAAAUGCUUCAUAUAUUGCUUUUAUUUGUAUUUUAUUAGCUUUAGUUAAAGUAAAUACCUUGCACUGUUAUUGAUAAUCAUAUUGAACUUUUAAUUGUAAGAACACAUUGUCACGCCCCAGGUCCAUUUUGUAGAUAGGGCUCAUCAGGUGAUUGUGUUACAAACUGAGUUUGUAGAAAUAAUAAUUGUAAGGAUAAGUAGGCGAACUCUCUUUUACUUUAUUCCCCCCUAGCCUCAGAGCCAUUUUAGAAUUUUGAUGUAUUGAAAGUGGCCCUUUGGAUCGCUUGUGAUCAUUGGUUUGCAAGCUAAAAGGGGACUCCUUACAGCUUUAUUUACUGAUAAAUAA